UCGAGCGAGCAAGACGUGCAAUUACCGCAUUAAAUCGGUAGCGCUAAAAAGUUUCGAAUACAAAAAUUCGCACGCAAUCGCUUAACAUUAUCCGUGACAUUUUUGUUUCGUGUUAUAAGUUUAACUCAUUCUUUGCCAAUAUGAAAUUGAUGCUAGUCUUGAGUGUUUUGUGCCUGCUCGGUUGCAGUUUGGCUGCCCCACAAGCUCCUGUCGAGAUUUUAGAACAGGAUGUGGAUAAUAUCGGCAUCAAUGGCUAUAAGUUCAGCUACAAACUGAGUGAUGGCACAACUCGCACCGAAGAGGCUGUUCUCAACAAUGCCGGCACCGACAACGAAUCACUUUCUGUGCGCGGCAGCGUUUCCUGGGUGGCGCCCGACGGAAUAACUUAUACUAUUAACUUUGUGGCCGAUGAAAACGGCUUCCAACCCGAAGGUGCACACAUACCGAAGUAAGCUGACGUCACAGCAUCCACAUUAAGGUAUACGGCAUGGAACGAAAUCAUAGUAAAACUCAUUAAUAAAUAAUACGGUAAAGUUGUGCAUUCAUAAGUGAUUUAUGGAUGAAACACUUGCCGGUUGGAGAGGUUGUAAAUACGUACAAGUUGUAGAAGAUGUUAUGUGUGUGUGAAAAUCUUAUUAAAUUAAUAAAUACAAAAAUUGUAACGGUCUCAGUC